GGCUUGUUGCCGGGUUUAGAACAAGGCGCGGAAUUUUUCGAGCGUGGGAACCGUACCAUUGAAAUGUUCUGUGCCGCCGUGGGACCCAAGUUCUUUUAUACAUGUUUGUGGCGACUUAUGAUCUAUUCUCCUUCCAUUCGAAUGUUUGGAAUUGCCUUUGUGAUGAAUCACUUCAAUCGUCGUAAAACUCUUGCCGAACAAGACCAUGUAUACGGGAUGGACAAACGGAUCCUUCUUCAAAGUUUAUGCUGUCUAUUCGGUGACUCGGUGUUGCUGGUCCAGCGGGAUGCACUGGAUUUUCUCCAAUCAGCCUUGCCCAUUCACCUAUUCACGAUCGGGUCGGAUCAGUUGCACAUAUCCAGUGAGACGCUGACUCGAGAAGAUUGUGUCAAAUUAUGUCAAGCGUCCCUAUGCGUCCUGUUGCGUCGUGACGCCUCGUUGAAUCGCCGUCUGUUUUUGUGGCUUAAAGGUGGCCAACUUGUGGAGGGUAGUGGCACGCGACAGACCAUCUCAUUGGCUCAUUCUGUUCUAUCUGACGAGGAGCUGGAAUGUUUAGGAGCAACGCAUACAACCGAUUUCGAGCAGGCCGCUCAAGAUCACUAUUUUACCACAUAUUCCCGCAGUCUACUGGUUGAGGCCGUGCUUCAUGUGAUCCAUUUUCCCGAUCAACUUCCAUUACCAACUCAACUGAUUGGACUGUGGGGAUCGGGCAAUGUGAGCAUCCGGCCACCGCUCAACUUCUUCGCUCCUGAACGGAGUGUUGCCGAACGCCCGUUUCGCAUUGUGUCUGGCCUGUUGGAUCGUUGUGACUUGGGCGGGGCAAUCAUAGAGGACCUGUUGCCCGAUUUGCUUUGGUACAUGUAUCACGAGUUUCUCACACUGAGGGAACGGGCGCUGGCAUGGAACAAUGGUGAUUCGAUUGCGAUCAUUCGCCGCACCGGUCCGACGGAGAUCAGUCGCGACACUCCGGACAACAUGCUUGCUCUGAUGGCCGAUCAUAUUGUAGCUAAANAGAAUUCUCGACUGUCCGACCAACAAGAUCGUGAUAAUUCGAAUACCAUGGGUAUGAUAGUAUCCUCUGCAGAAUUUAACUCGACUGAAGACGAUCAAGGAGAAGUGAAUUCCACGAAUGUUCCGGAAACUUCCGGUCAAACCACACGUGAUACGGUAUCUUCCAAUAGUGGUAGGCUUACCUAUGCCGAGGAGUUUCUNCGGACGUCUCAUCUGUUCCUUUGCAAUCUAGACGGGGAUUUCUUGUGGGGUUUCCUCGGGCGUCAAUUUCAGUCUCAGCUUUUACCCUUAUCCACAUUGCCUGAAACAGAGUCCACGGCCCCUGUCACGGUCACCUCUCUGCGACCGCGCACAUUGACACUGGAACACUUGUGCUAUGUUGUCCGUUUCAUACUCACUCAUUUUCCCGUCGAUACAUAUCCCGGUGUACGUGGAAACCAUUUGCCCCGUCUGGUUACCAUUCUGAUGGACUGUUUACUGGAACGAUUCCGAACCAAUUCGUCCACGGACAGCGAUAGGCGUUUGACCGGAAUCGGUCCAGUGACGGAUCAGGAGUUGCGAUGUUUGUUGUUUCUGUUGGAAUCAGUGAUUAAUCAGAUUGAGGGACAGUUUUGUGGUAGUUGCAAACAAACCCCGGACGCGAAUGCAUCGCAAACGUUGCCCGAGUUGUUCUGUGGCGAUCUGAUUGCUGUGCCCGGUUCAGAUGAGCUGGUUUUACCCGAAUGGCUUGUGUGUCUGUUUUACGCGGCCACCGAAGUGGACUUUUUCGAUCUGAAAGCGAUGGCAUUGUAUACCUUAUUCGAACUGUUCCACGCAUCCACCUCCGUACAUGGUUGGACCACACCGAAUAGCCACCGUGUUUCCUCCACACCGGUCACGACGGAUUCGCUACCGGACUCGGGCGAAAGCAAGAUGCGACUUACUUUGCCCGUGCUUAGCGGCCGUCUGCUUGCGUUCCUAGCCACGGAGACCAAUACAUUUUUGCGCUUGGGUGUCUCACUUUGGGCCUAUCUGGCCCCGGACAAGUUCGCCUAUAAUGAGGAUGCAGCCAACUUGCUCGUUCGAUUGCAUCAGCUCACUCCACCCGUCUCUCCUAAUUCUACACCAUUCGCUGAGUCUCGCCCAAUAUAUGGCCCUUCUAACGUCUCGGCUAACUUGUUCGCGGGGACUGGGUCUACAGUUGAGUCUUUCAUCCUCUCCCAAAUGCGGUCCCCCGAUUUACGCAUCCAAGUGGACGCACAGGCCCGAUUCGCUUUACUCUGGCAUCUGAUGCGUGCAGCUCCGCUCGCCAAACACGUAUCACUUCAACGACUUCCGUCUGAUUAUAGUCCUCAGUUGCAAUUGUGGACCAAACCCCCUGACUACAGUCGCACCAUUGCUGCACCAUGCUGGCGCCGAUUCACAAUGGGUUUGGCACAGUUGGACGGAGGAACCUCUGCUGGCCUAUCUACCGCAACCAAGCUACCUGGACUGCACGCGGUUCCUUUCUAUCGGUGUGCUUUACUUUUGUUGGACAAUUUGGAUGUGGAUAGUCCUUGGGGUCCGUUGGGCACACUUGGUACAGCCGAUUCCUUCCAUUGUACUGCUACGACUGCUGCAUCAUCCAAUAUGGUGGUACCACGUUCUUUGAACGAUUGGUUCGGUUUGACUGACUGUUGGGCCGCAGACACCCAAAGUACCGGUCUCGUACAGGCCGUUUUGCGUGAACAGACCAUACAGUGGGUUUGUCGCGCGUUACGUACCGGCCAAGUGGAUCGUCUGAUUGCACCGCUCCUGGCUGCGCUACUUCAUCCGGCCACAGUACGCAUCAGUUUAAAAGCGCGUGUACUCCAACAGGUGGAACAAGCAAGGAAGCUUGGGCAACGUCCACGUUCGGCUCAGGCCGGGUUACCCGAUCAGGUAGACGUUGCGAAAGAAGUCGAUGAUGCGGUUGGACAGGAACCGGAUUCCGUCUCUAUUCAAACGAUCCUCUCAAUACCUGUGGGUAUUGAACCGGGAUCAACUGUGGAUCAGGAUGCUCAUGAGCAAGCCGAACCCACAGCCACAAUGUUGCCGCUACAUGAACACUUGGUGAUGCAUUUGCAAAAUUAUGAUGCAAAUCAGGUCAUCUAUGCCCUAUCACGCAUUCGGGCAAUUCUCACUGUUGCACCCACUUUGUUUGUGCACGCUCUGGUGGCGGCCCCCGUUACCACCGGAAUGAAUGGGGAUCGUGGAGGCGUCACUUCUCCAUCUCUGUUCGGACUGAAUCUAGCAGAGCUGCUCACACGGCAUCGUCGAGCCUUGGCCGGGGGUAAUUUCUACGGCCCUGCUACUCAGGACGAAUUGGUUCAAACCUUGCGAACGCAGGCCAAUCUACUGGAAGUUAUAAUCAAUCUCUGCCUGUUGGUGAUGUGCAGUCAACUGCCCUAUGCUGGUUCCCUGUUUACCCCAAGCGGGAUCGUACGGGACUCUGACAUAAACGGGCAUCGCGAUCGAACUCAAUCUUUCACACCGGUGUGUGCUAGUCGAUACGCCUUCACUGAGGCGGAGUUCAGGGCAAACAAGUGCGCUCAGAAAACCGCAGUCGAGGUCUUGGAGUUGAUUGUUCGAGCCGUUUUGGAACUCCAAAUGUGGUCAACUCCGCAAGCGACCGAGCGUCCUCUUCGAUCUGAUACCGGUGCAGAUACCUCCACUUCGUCAUCCGCAUCGUCCCAGUUCCAUCUCAAUACAAUCUGGCCAAUCGGUCGUCUGAACGGAGAGCGCAACAUCCGAAAAUCACUGUCCUCCACGACCAACACGAACGACUCAUUUUCAUUUGAUACGUCUGUGCAACAAGUGAUCAGAUUGUGGGUAGACGCCUUUCUCGGUUUGCCCAAAUCCCUUGCCCGUGAACCCCUGUACAGAAAUGCCUGUCUCACAGCGCAUUGGCCCUAUGUUUCCGGGCGGGCGAAUAUGUUGGGCCACCCGGAGCAAGGAGCGUUGUUAAUGGACAUCAUCGCCCUGGGUUUGAGUGCUCCAAGUCUGCAAACCAACAGUAGUCUGUCGGAUAGGGGGCUCGUACCCCGGUUGGAUUUGCACCCAGUCUGGUAUCAGUUCGUGUUUUCCACAUUAUUCUGUUGGGGUGUAUAUACACCGCAUUUGACCCGCACUGUGGUACGGCAGAUCUGUGCCAAUUUGAGCUGUCUGGGGCAUCAGGUACUGGAUCGGACUUACAAAUCUGGGUCCAGAGGUCCACAGGAUCUUCAAGCGACUAACGGAAGUGAGAUUAAAAGUUCAGAUUUACCCCACCUCCCGCCAGAUUAUGUUCUAUCUUCAUUGGGUUGUUUGCAAGGCAUUUUCCACGCUCUGAUGCUACCUGGUGGAAAUGCAAUUACUGCAGCCUUAUUACGCAAAUCUACGAAUCCACUGGCUCCAGAUCCUCCAUCCGGUAUUCCCAGUGCUUCGCAUGUGGCCGGAUUACCCGAAUCAGUGACUGAUGCAGCGUCGAUUGCCAACUUGUUAACCAGCCUCGCCACCAAGAAUGCAGCGAUUGCGGUUGAGACAACAUUCGAGUUUACGGAACCGCAUGUUUUGUUUGGGAGUUCAUCCGCUUUACCCAACACCGAUAGUGUUCAUAUCCCCCAUGAUCCGGCGGUGCCGCACGCACCACAGAAUGCCAUCCCUGAACCAUCUGUUAUACUGGCUACCCCCACUAACAACCAUAAACAGAUAAACUCUUCAUCCAUGGGGGAUUUGAAACUGGACCUCAAAAGUCGUGAUUCAACCUCGGGUAACAAUGGAUUCACAGCUAUCUUCACCAGUAGAGGCAAAGAUCUGCUCACAGAAAAUACUUCUCAUCAACCGGAUGCACAUCCUCUUGUUCAAGCUCGAACUGAAUUGUACCGGUUGUUACCACGGUUAUUCCGGUGCUUGGCGGUUUUGUGGCACGCCCUUGAUCAGUCACCUUUAGAAUUGGUCCGACAAAGUGAUUCCGCAAUUAAACUCCCCAGUUCGGGAAAUAUAGACGUGGACACCAGCUACGGGUUUGGCAGCAUCAGACAGAAUGAUACCCAUUCCGACUGGCCCCUUGUGGUCCCGGAACGGCUACCUGCUCUCACGGCUCUCGGCUGCCCCGAGUUGGUCCGACCUGCCCUUCGACUUUUCCUCGAACCGUUAGCUGUACAGCAUCCCACCGCUUUCCUGUUGAAUAUUGCUUUAGCCUGGCCUUGUAGUCUACUCCAACCGGAACUGUAUCCGGAUGACGGGAAUGGAACAGAUCGUCCCAUGGAAAUCGGUGUCUCAGCCCCAUCAUUGCUUCGACUACUGACCCCUACGAUCAAGGACAAUCCAAGUUACACGCGUGCACUUUCCCAGCGGACUCAAAACGAUCCAGGGAAUCGAUCUCUGACCCUGUUACCAGAGCAGAUCAGUCUUCUCCGUCUUCUAAGCGGUUCCGUAUCAAACGGAUCCGGAUUCGGUCUGAUCCUACCCGUUUCUGUGUUCGUGAAUCGACUGCGCGAUCUAGUCCGUAGACCAUUGCACAAUACCAUACUUUGUCACCCUCAGACCACAAACGGUUCAUCCGCUACCAAUUCACAGCUCUCCGAACCUUCUACUGAAGAGCAUAAUCAUCGUGCAUGGAGUGUUAUUCGUCUACAAGUGAAUUUGCUCCACAUAUUCUACGCUUGGUUAAUCGAACAACCAAGUCUCAUCUCUCCGGAUCUGCUGCUCAGACUGUUGGGUGACUUAAUUAACAUCCCAAUUGCAGUCAGCGCUCCAUCGACAACUGCCGGGGUUGGUUCAGUUAGUUUGCCUCCUGUGGCUGCUUUUGUACUAGUAAAAAUUUUCCACGAGUACCUGAAUCUGACAUCGAUCAGUGAGGACAAACGGGAACAACGGGAACUUCAGGAACUGUGCCACCGUUUGCUCGAAUCCGUCGCCACAAUCGUCGCAUCUGCCCUGGAACAACCAACGUGGUUCCGUCGAACACUUCAAGUGCGUCAGCAGGAAGACGGAUUAAGCUCGACACCAACCAGUGAACUAGAUUUGACACGACCGUCCACGAAUCCACGCCCUGCGACCACUCUCUCGGGAUCCAUGUCCUCAACCCUGUUCGUCGCGGCAGAAGCCAGUCGCCGAUUCCGAUUAGGAUGCGAUUUUUCCGUCCAGGCAAUGGAUCUUUUGUCGGAACACAUGGCUUGCUUUUUGGAUGUGGUCUAUCGAAGUGAGGAAAAGGAGCGUGUCUCUACAUUCCUCGCACAGAUUCUAAACAAUGUUUUCCCCUAUUUACGGGUCCGAAUGAUUAGUAAUUCCGAUCGGUUUCAAGCAGCCAGUGGACUUUUGGCCUCAGUUAGCAGUUACCAGUACACCCGACGCGCCUGGCGUCGAGAAGUUCUCGAUUUGUUCUACGAGCCGGUGUUUUUUCAAAUGAGUCCUGUUGCUUUACAGAGCUGGAAUGUGAUAGUAGAUAAUCUGAUGACUCAGGAUAAGAACACGUUUAAAGAAGCAUUGGUUCGCCUGACAUUCUCCCAGCCGGCCGGUUUGAACUUGUUCUCGAACAAGGAAGUGGAACACGAUUUGCGAGCCGCCUGUCUAAAAAAGUUGUCCUAUUUGGUUUACGCUAGCGAAGCGGAUCAGUAUGCCAAAGCCAUGCCAGAUUUACUUGAACGUCUGACGGAAUGUUUGCGAUUGGGUCAAGGCCUAGUUCCACAGGUUCACACCCAAGUUUUUGUAUUCGCUCGUACCUUGUUGUCUCGGAUGUCUGCGGUGCAGUUGACAUCUCUCUGGCCCAUUAUCAUUCCAGAGCUGGUGAGUUUCUUGUUACUCAGGUGCAUUUCUCCGUCAUUUUCACGCACAGACUAA